UCACCAAUCAAAAAGACAAAAACCCAAAAGCUCUUUUGACUUUCUGAAGAAGCAACAGAGAGAGAGAUCUCUAAAUGGCGGCCAUGAACUCGAGUGUUCUCACCUGCAGCUACGCAAUCUCUGGCGCUAGCUCAGUAGAGCUAAACCAGAAAGUGGGUUUGGUGAACUCAUCGUCGGUUGGGUUUGGUCAUAAGAAACAGACGGUUCCUGUGAUCAAAGCAGCUCAACAAGUUGGUGGUGAUGAUGAUGUUAAUGGAAGAAGAUCCGCCAUGGUGUUCUUAGCUGCUACACUCUUCUCCACUGCUGCUGUGUCUGCUUCUGCUAAUGCUAGCGUCUUCGAUGAGUACCUUGAGAAGAGCAAAGCCAACAAAGAACUGAAUGAUAAGAAGAGAUUGGCAACAAGCGGAGCAAACUUUGCGAGAGCAUUCACUGUCCAGUUCGGAAGCUGCAAGUUCCCUGAGAAUUUCACUGGUUGCCAAGAUCUUGCCAAGCAAAAGAAAGUGCCAUUUAUCUCAGAAGAUUUGGCGUUGGAAUGCGAAGGCAAAGACAAGUUCAAGUGUGGUUCCAAUGUUUUCUGGAAAUGGUGAUCAUGUUCUGUUUUGUCCUUUUAAUCCAUUCUUGUAUAAACUGAUCUAUCUAUCAAAGUUCUCAUAUCCAUUUGAAUC